GUUAGUUGUGUGAUUUGUUGUGGUGAUUCCUGUUUACACAUAUAAAAAGUGUCGAAUUUCUUUAAAAAUCAAAUUAAAAUUAUGUAUUAAAACUUUGUAAUCACUGUAUUCGUUAAAUAUGUUUUAUCACAUAUCUUUGGAACACGAAAUCCUUUUGCAUCCAAGGUAUUUUGGUCCGCAGCUACUAGAUACAGUAAAACAAAAACUCUACACCGAAGUCGAAGGAACUUGUACCGGCAAAUAUGGUUUCGUUAUUGCGGUGACUACUAUAGACAGUAUCGGCGCGGGUUUAAUUCAGCCGGGACAGGGCUUUGUGGUCUACCCUGUAAAAUACAAGGCAAUUGUGUUCCGUCCUUUCAAAGGCGAGGUGCUGGAUGCUAUUGUCACACAAGUCAAUAAGGUUGGAAUGUUUGCGCAGAUUGGUCCUCUAAGUUGCUUUAUUUCUCAUCAUUCCAUUCCUGCUGAUAUGGAGUUCUGCCCAAAUGUAAAUCCCCCGUGCUACAAGAGUAAACAGGAAGAUAACGUCAUACAGGAAGAGGAUGUUAUACGAUUAAAGAUUGUGGGCACAAGAGUCGAUGCUACCGGAAUUUUUGCAAUUGGAACAUUGAUGGAUGACUACCUGGGAUUGGUAACACAAUAGUUCAUAAGUACAGAUAAAAUAAAACAGAUUUAUAAUUAAUUACCUUUAUUAUUUGGCAUUCAAAUAAAAGUGUAUAAUGUAUAUAUGCAAGUAACAAAAUGAUUUUACAAAAAUGAAAUUGGUUUCAGUCUAUCUGGGCAGUGUGUUGUACAUUUUAUAAUACCGGUGACAAUAGGUCUAGAAAUGGAAACAAUUGGAUUGAAUAAUGCCAAAUUGUACAUCUUAACAUAUUCAGCCCUAUAGUUCUAUAAUCUAUGUCUUAGGUGAUCUAUAUUUUUUAAUCUAGCACUAUUUCAUUAGCUCACAAUAAUCUUUUAUUAUGAAUUAUGACCCUAUUUUAUUAUCCAAAUGCGAAAUGAGCUGAAUAUGGAAAUGAUAUAAUAUUGUAUAUUAUUCCAUGUCAUUUUCUAAAUCUUAACAUGAU